AUGAGGUCGAAUGAAUUACAAAGCGAAAUCCCAAGUGUGAUUGGGCAAGUUAGAGAACUCACAGAACUCAAUCUUGCUUAUAAUGGGUUCAAUGGUACCAUUCUAUCAUGGCUUUGGAGGCUUACUAAGUUAGAACACUUGGAUCUUUCCCAAAAUGCCUUGAACGGGGAGCUGGGUAAACUUCACUUUUGGAGGCUUAUUAGGUUAAAACACUUGGAUCUAUCCGAGAAUCCAAUGAGUGGGGAGCUGCGUGAAUUGCAUUUUGCCAAACUCAGGCAACUGAAAUAUUCUCACAUUGAAUGUCAAUCUCUCAUGGGUUCCACCUUGUCAACUCCAACAUAUUGGAAUGGCAUCCCAGAUUCAAUUCCAGAUUGGUUAGAUAAGAUAUGUUCUGGUAUCAAAUUUUUGGAUUUGUCCUAUAAUAACAUGAACGGAACACCAAUGGAGCUUAGCAGAAAUAGUGGUUUUAGAUACCGACGUAUACAUUUGGAGUCCAACAAAUUCGAUGGGCCUUUGAAUAUGUUUCCAACAUUUACUGCUGAAUUACAUCUGAAAAGCAACUCAAUGAAAGGGCCAAUUCCACACCCUGAGACUAACAUGACAUUGGAUACUCUCCGAAUGCUUCAACUCAGUAAAAACCACCUAAAUGGUACCAUCCCUGAUUUUUUGUGCAACAUACAUGCUCUUCUUUCGAACAACCAGCUAUGCGGAAAAAUCCCUUCUUGCAUUGAUAAGCUUCGAUUUCUUGGUGUGCUAAAUCUAGCAAACAAUAGUCUCUCUGGGCGCAUUCCAACUUCAUUGGGACAUUCAGAUUUUCUCCAAUCUUUGCACUUGAACCGCAACAAUCUCACUGGGGAGCUCCCAGCCUCGUUAGAAACAUUUCAAAAACUUGAAGUUUUGAAAUUGGAAAACAACAACUUAACUGGACAUAUACCUCAAUGUGUGACCAACUUUACUGCAAUGACACUGACACAAUUGGACUCUGAAUCGGGUUUGGAUUUAUCUGGAAACCAUCUAAGUGGAAGAAUCCCAGAAAACAUUGGGAACUUGAAGCAACUUCAGUCUCUAGAUCCAUCCAAAAAUGAGCUUUCCGGUUCAAUUUCUCAAAACAUUGGUCAACCGUCCAUUUACAUGGGAAAUAGUGGACCUUGCGGUAAACCGCUAGAAAACAGCUGCCCUGAAUCCGAUGGUAAAUCAUAUGCCGGAGAAUGUGGUGAUCAAGAAGGUGGCAAGGAGCCUGAUUUUUAUUGGUUUUAUGCUGGUUUUGCUGUUGGUCUCUUGGGAUUUUUCAGUGUCCUAUAUUUCAACAACUCAUGGCGCUAUGCAUUUUUGAGAUUUCUGGAGAACUUGUUUAAUAAAAGUAUGGGUAGAAAUUGCACUGCUAAAAGAGAACUAGGAUUGCCGCGACCACCACCACCAGCGGCAGCAGUUGCAGGGUCAAUGGAGGACGAAACCCAAUCCGCAAACGGUUGUUCUACGACUACCUUGAAGACGUCGGAUCACCUGCGCCAUGUGGAGUCGAUGAGCACCCUGCCCUCCGGCGCCGGUCCAAUAUCUAGAUUGAAUGCCGUCAUCCUGGGGGAGUCUCUAGCUUCAGAGGAGGAUCAUCUGGUUUUCCCCAGCGAGGCCUUCUCCAUGCAGGCUCACGUUCCUUCACCCCAGAAGUACUUGGAGACGUAUGCAAGGUCAAUCGAGGACCCCGCAGGAUUUUGGUCAGAAAUGGCCUCAGGGUUUUUCUGGAAAGAGAGAUGGGGCCCACAGGUUUACGCUGAGAAUCUUGAUAUUCGUAAAGGCAAAAUCAAUAUCGAGUGGUUCAAAGGUGGAAUCACCAACCUAUGCUACAACUGUUUGGAUCGAAUCAUCGAAUCCGGAGAUGGUGACAAAAUUGCAAUUUUCUGGGAAGGAAAUGAACCUGGUUUUGAUGGCACCUUAACUUACAAACAACUGCUGGCUAGAGUUUGUCAGCUUGCAAAUUGGUUAAAAGAUGUUGGUGUCCGCAAGGGAGAUGCUGUGGUCAUAUACUUGCCCAUGCUUAUGGAACUACCCAUUUCUAUGCUUGCAUGCAGUCGCAUUGGUGCUGUUCACUCUGUGGUAUUUGCAGGAUUCUCUGCUGAAUCACUCGCCCAGAGAAUCAUGGAUUGCAAACCCAAGGUUGUCAUAACUUGCAAUGCUGUUAGAAGAGGUUCCAAGAUUAUCUAUCUAAAGGACAUUGUUGAUGCUGCCCUUGCAGAAUCUGCCCGAAAUGGCAAUCCUUUGGACGUUUGCUUGACAUAUGAAAAUGAAUCAGCCAUGAAGAGGGAAUCUACAAAGUGGCAAGAGGGAAGAGAUAUAUGGUGGCAGGAUGUUGUUCCUAAACACCCCACUACUUGUGCUGUGGAAUGGGUUGAUGCAGAGGAUCCACUUUUCCUCCUGUAUACUAGCGGGAGUACUGGAAAGCCAAAGGGUGUCCUGCAUACAACUGGAGGCUACAUGGUAUACACUGCAACAACUUUCAAAUAUGCAUUUGACUACAAGCCAUCAGAUGUAUACUGGUGUACAGCUGACUGUGGUUGGAUUACUGGGCACAGCUACGUUACAUAUGGACCUUUGCUAAAUGGAGCAACUGCUGUGGUUUUUGAAGGGGCUCCUAAUUAUCCAGAUGCUGGGCGGUGUUGGGACAUUGUUGACAAAUUCAAGGUGUCAAUAUUCUACACCGCCCCCACAUUGGUGCGGUCGCUAAUGCGUGAGGGAGAUCAGUACGUCACCCGUUAUUCACGCAAGUCCUUACGAGUGCUUGGAAGUGUGGGUGAGCCGAUCAAUCCAAGUGCAUGGAGGUGGUAUUUUAAUGUAGUUGGAGAGUCAAGGUGCCCUAUAUCUGACACUUGGUGGCAAACUGAGACUGGUGGUUUUAUGAUUACUCCUUUGCCUGGAGCAUGGCCUCAGAAACCUGGUUCUGCUACAUUUCCAUUUUUUGGAGUUCAGCCUGUCAUAGUAGAUGAAAAAGGUGCUGAAAUUGAAGGCGAGUGCAGUGGAUAUUUGUGUGUGAAAAGCUCAUGGCCAUCCGCAUUUCGAACUCUUUAUGGAGAUCAUGAAAGAUAUGAAGCUACAUACUUUAGUGCAUUUCCUGGCUAUUACUUUACUGGCGAUGGCUGCACCAGGGACAAAGAUGGCUAUUAUUGGCUCACUGGAAGAGUUGAUGAUGUUAUUAAUGUCAGUGGACAUCGCAUUGGUACUGCUGAAGUGGAAUCUGCUCUAGUUUCACACCCUCAGUGUGCUGAAGCUGCUGUUGUUGGUGUUGAGCAUGAGGUCAAAGGACAGGGCAUAUAUGCAUUUGUUACCCUAGUAGAAAGUGUUCUAUACAGUGAAGAUCUGCGAAGAAGUCUUAUACUAACAGUGAGAAACCAGAUUGGAGCAUUUGCAGCCCCAGACAAAAUACACUGGGCGCCUGGCCUUCCGAAGACAAGAAGUGGAAAGAUAAUGAGAAGAAUUUUGAGAAAAAUUGCUUCCAGACAGUUGGAUGAGCUUGGGGACACAAGCACGCUUGCAGAUCCAAGUGUUGUUGAUGAGCUGAUCAAACUCGUUGACUGCUGAUUGCAUGUUAGUAUUGGCUUCAUCCCAUCCCAGGACAAGUUUGUCAUGCAAUUCAAGAGACAAAAACAUUUGUUCCCAUCUUUCGUGCCCUGUUUGCAAUUGCUUCAUACUCUUUUUUAUGUACUUUUUAGCAACUCAAUAAUGACGAUAUUCUUGAUAUAUAUAUA